AUGGCUGAUAGAACGAAAUCGGCGGCUCUCGGAGCUAAAUCGGUUAAACCGAAGCGACCGUCAACAACCAACGUCGCAACUUCAUCCCGGACAAAAAUAGCUUCAAAAGAUAAACUUCCUACCAGUCGACCAAAAAAGGAUCUUGAUACCACGCUUUUGAAUAAGGAACAGGUUCUUCCGGACUUCGAUGAUGAAUACCGCCAAAUUGCUUAUGGUCGCUUUAUGCGAGCUAUGCUAGAGGAAUGUUUGGUAGAAGAAAAAAUUGAUCGGGAAGAGACGCAAAUGGAUUUGCAGAUGGCACAAUUAGCUGAAAGGUUCCAAAAAACGAUGGAUCAACUGGACAAAACCAACAGACGACUUAAAGAUAUAUCAUUCGUUGUAGAACAAAAGAGUCUGUAUAACCUCAAAAACAAUGAUUGCGAGCAAUUCUAUCAAAUGACAGAUGAUUCCAAUGCUGAGAUGCUACUAAAAGAUUUGGCAGCAGCAGAGCAACCAAUAUUAGACAAAAUUGAACUCCGUAAUGUUGAUUUUGGUUAUAACAAUACAUCGGGUCACAAACAGCUCUUAGAUGCUGUUAACGAUGCUAUUGAAGGGUUGACAAAUAUAAAAAAAGAAUCAAAACUGGAUCCGCAGAAGUUUGAGGAGUAUGAACAUUCGAAACAGAAUAUUGAAGAGCUAGAAAGCGAUAAAUUUGAUUUGGAAAGUUUAAAGUCCGAGUUUGAGGCUAAGUUCCCAAAGUUCAGUGAACGGUUGAUACAGGAGGCUUCUGAAAAGAUUGCCAAGAUGAUUGAAAAUGAUGAGAAAAGUAGCGAAUUAUCCCGUCAGUUGGACCUCUGGUUGUCCAAAGCAGAUCUUACCCAUGGACCAGCAAGAGCUAUCAUUGCGCCACACGCGGGCUAUUCUUACUGCGGGGCGUGCGCUGGCUUUGCGUACAGACAAGUCAGCCCUGUUGUCGUCAAACGUAUAUUCAUCUUAGGACCGUCUCAUCACGUCCGGUUAGGAGGCUGUGCUCUCUCAUCUCUUGACAAAUACCAAACUCCAUUAUACGAUCUCACUAUUGAUAAGCAAAUAUACGCAGAGCUAGAAGCGAGCCGGCAGUUCGAAUGGAUGGACGUGCAAACAGACGAAGAUGAACAUUCUAUUGAAAUGCAUCUCCCUUAUAUUGCUAAAGUUAUGGAAGAAUUUCAAACAGCCUUCACGAUAAUCCCGAUUCUCGUGGGUUCCCUGACGCCUGAGAAGGAAGCCAAGUACGGAGCCAUCCUGGCCCCCUACCUGGCGGACCCUCAGAAUUUGUUCGUUAUAUCUUCUGACUUCUGCCAUUGGGGGAACAGGUUCCGAUACACGUGGAAAGAUUCAUCCAGGGGUCCUAUUCAUCAGAGUAUCGAGUGGUUGGAUAAACAGGGUAUGGAUAUCAUUGAGAAGAUGGACCCUCGAGCCUUCACGGAGUACCUUAAUAAAUAUGGCAACACGAUAUGUGGCAGACAUCCCAUAGGAGUGCUUUUAAAUGCCAUAGUAAAGCUCCGUAGCCAGACAAAUUCGCCGCGUAUGUCUAUGAAAUUUCUCAAAUAUGCCCAAUCGUCUCAAUGUACGAGCAUGCAAGACUCCUCUGUCUCCUAUGCCAGUGCUUCUCUAGUGUUUGAGUAA